AUGAACAACUCGACUCGCACGAUCACUUUAACCGGAUCGGAUGGCGCUUUCGAGGCGAUUGAUGACUUCUCCAACGGCAAUAACGCCUUAGUGACACCUACCAACGCACGGGACAUUCGCCACCGUUCGAAUGAAUUUGACGAACGCUAUGAGAAGGGCUCGUGGGUGUCAAGUAGCUUGUCUUUUUUCCUGCCCUCUCCUGAUCUGUCGGGAAGCGUGGCCGGGAACACUACAGCUCUAUCGCCGGCUUCGUUGAUGACAGCAAUGGUAAAAAUGCCAUCCGCUGGUUCAUUGAUGCAGCUCAGCCGGCAGGAAGCACUUCGAACUGGUCGUUCCUCAGCGGGCACGGUGUUGUUGGUCAUCGAUGAAUGCAAUCUUAGCAACGUCAGCACAACACAUGACUUCCGUGCGACACCGCAAGAGGCUCCCGGGCAUAGUACUAAAGAUACAGGACGAGGCCGCUCUAAAAUAUCACAUCGAGUGUAUCAGGGACCUGUUAAAGCUCAGCGCAGACACCAGGCUCGGAAUGAGAACCUACUCGCAGCAGCGAUCAUUCUUCGAUUUUACGAAGAACUCGACUAUCCUCUACAGGAUGAGAACAAAGAUCAUGAAUUUUUUCUGCGAGUGAUCAACAUCUUCAUCGAAGCACAAUUCCCUUAUACGUCACAAUCUUCUUCGUCUCACGACUGGCCCCCGGCCAUGAGCUGGGAGUCUUCCGAUUAG